AUGGCGCUCGAAGGCAGCUGCUGCUGUGGUGCGGUCCGCAUCAAGUCCACCGGCGAGAUCCAGGCCAAGGCCCUUUGCCACUGUCUCGACUGCCGCAAAAUCACCGGCUCCACUUACUCGACCAACAUCAUCGUUGCGGGCGAUGGCUUCUCUGUCACGCAGGGCACGCCCAAGCAGUUCUCCAAGACGGCCGACAGUGGCAAGACCAUCACGUCCAAUUUCUGCGGCGACUGCGGCUCGACGCUCUGGCGCCAGAGCCCCGCUUUUGGCGAUGCCAGGAUCAUCAAGGCCGGCACGCUGGACAGUCCCGGCGCCAUUGAGAUUGCGAAGCCGGCAGCUGAACUGUUCACCACUCAGCGGGUUCCUUGGGUGUCGGCCAUUGCCGGGACCGAGCAAAAGGUGGCUCAGUAG